AGAGAGAUGCAGAUGCAGGUCGAGCUAUCGACAGCAGCACAUUAUGUGUCUAUAUAAGAGAACGAUCAGCCGGUCUUGUAUGAAAGCUAGAGGAUACGAGCUUCAUCGUUGCAUUUAAAUCAACACAGAUAGGACUUUUCUAAGUGCACAGAGAACCAAACAGUAUCACAAUGACUGAGAACAAGAUGGAAUAUGUCAAGUUGGGCAAAUCUGGCCUCAAGGUGUCGAAGGUCAUAUAUGGUACCAUGAGUUUAGGUACUUCGGAGUGGCAGAAGUGGGUUCUCAAUGAGGAGGAGAGUCUACCGUUGCUUGAGCAUGCAUACAAGUGCGGUAUCAACACUUGGGAUACCGCCGACGUAUACUCCCACGGGGCCUCUGAACGCAUCGUCGGCAAAGCUCUCAAGCAAUACAACAUCCCGCGCUCCAAAGUCGUCAUCCUCUCAAAAUGCUACUUUGGCGUCGUUGAAUCGCAACCUGGUCUGCCCAUUGCUAGCUGCAACACCAAUGACGGCGAUAUGGUUAAUCAGGUCGGGUUGAGCCGCAAGCACAUCUUCGACGCCGUAGAGAGGAGCGUCGAGAGACUGGGCACGUACAUUGACGUGCUGCAGAUCCACCGUCUGGACCGUGACACGCCUCGUGAGGAGAUCAUGAAGGCGCUCAACGAUGUCAUCGAGAAGGGGUGGGUGCGGUACAUUGGCGCGAGCUCCAUGGCAGCAUGGGAAUUUGCUACAUUACAGCAUAUUGCGGAGAAGAACAAUUGGCAUAAGUUUGUGUCCAUGCAGAACUACUACAACCUGAUCUACCGCGAGGAAGAGCGCGAGAUGAUACCCUACUGUCAGGACACCGGCGUGGGCCUCAUCCCCUGGUCGCCCAUUGCACGCGGCGCCCUAACCCGUCCCUGGAGCGACCGCAGUUCCAGCCGCGCGCAGACCGACAAGCCGCUCACAGCCUUGAUAUACAGCCGGGAGAACAAGAUCGACGAGACGAUUGUCGGGCGCGUCGAGGAGAUUGCCAAGAAGCACGGGGUGAGCAUGGCGUGCAUUGCGACGGCUUGGUGUGUAAAGAAGGGCGUUGUGCCUAUCAUUGGGUUGAGUAGUAAGGAGAGGAUCGAGGAGGCGGUGCAGAAUGUGCUGUUCAAGUUGAGUGAUGAGGAUGCGAGUUAUCUCGAGGAGGCGUAUAUGCCGAAGACGAGGCAGGGGUUUUAGACGAGAAUGAAUGAGAAGUUGCUAUAAGAGAUGCUUUACUCGGUAUCUGGGUUGAGGACGGAUGGCGGCCACAAAGUAAAAACGACGAUGACGUGGAAUACAUGUUCAAACACAAUCCAUCGCCUGUCUUCACACUCGCAAACUGAACAGUUGUAACAUACCAGAACAUCAAAACAUAUGAACACAACAACGACUUACAACAACCACAUCUACCCCUCUUGCUCUCUCACCCAAAACAGGAUACCACCUUCUCCUCCUCACCCUUCCACCCACUCUCCCAAUCAAUCGAAACACCCAAGACAACCCAACAUAUAAGUCUCACGCCCAAAUCCACAUCAACGAGAACAUUCCCGCUCCUACACUUUCCCUCCCCACUCCCCUUCCGGUCACCACCACACUACCCGUAACCCACAACCCACUUACCCCCACCCUCCCAUACGACCCUAUACAUACACCCCCCACAUCCUAGCGCCA